UCUCACGCAUAAGAGAGCAGGAAAGAAGGAGUAUGCUGUUUCCUUUUUAGCAGCUUUUAAUCUUUAAGCAAAUGUAAUUUCCAGUGGCAGAGGGCAGAGCCCACUUCAGUGAGACCUCCCUCCAAACCCACCGGGAUCCUCUACUUCCACCCUGAGCAAAGCAGGCGCCUUCACAAAGGAGUAAAAGCCUCCCAUCUGCCUCUGGCGGCAUCGGAAUAGAGAUGUCUACGGGGAAGGUCUGUUGUCUGGUGCUGCUGACCCUGGGGGUGCUGGCGGUGGUUGUUGCACUUGUGGUCAUCCUGACUCAACCCAAGUGUGGUCCUCAGCACUACCUGCACGGCGCUGUGGCUGCUGACACUGAGACCUGCUCUGUCAUCGGCCGGGACAUCCUCAAAAGUGGAGGCUCAGCUGUGGAUGCUGCCAUCGCUGCCUUGAUCUGCACCGCAGUGAUGAAUCCUCAGAGUUCAGGCCUGGGUGGUGGGGUCGUAUUUACCAUCUAUAAUGCUAGCAGAGGAACAGUCGAGGUGGUCAACGCCCGUGAGAUGGUCCCACGAGUUUUUCUGCACAACUUAUUGUCUGGCUGUGCUUCUGGUUUCCCUAUUGGUCCCCGCUGGAUCGCUGUACCAGGAGAACUUCGGGGGUAUGAAGAAGCCCAUAAGCGAUAUGGACGCUUACCCUGGAAAGCCCUUUUUGAACCAACCAUCAAGGUCCUUUCAGAGCCACUUGUCAUUUCCCCAGUUAUGGAGAAAAUUAUUCAUCACCCAGCCUUUGCCAGUCCAGGAAAAAGCCUGUGCCCACUACUUUGUGAUGGUCAGAGGUUUUUGAAGCAUGGAGAGACUUUCAGGUGGCCAGCACUGCAGCAAACAUUGAAGGCUGUAGCAGAAAACGGAGCUACAGCAUUUUACGAGGGACAGAUAGGAAAGGCCCUGGUGGAGGACAUUAGGAAAGCUGGGUCUACUAUGUCACUGGAGGACCUUCAGGCAUACAAAGCAGAGGUGUCCUCAGCUCUGAAUAUUACCCUGAACAAUCACACCACAGUGUUUUCUCCUGGACCACCCAUGGGAGGUGCUGUGCUCCUGUUCAUCCUCAAGAUACUGGAAGAGUAUAAACUCCAUGAAGCAUCACUCGCAACAACCGAGCAGAGGGUAGAAACCUACCAUCGCAUCGCAGAGGCCUUGAAGUUUGGCAAUAUGCUAAAACCCACCGUGCGUGACCCAGCCUUUUCUGAAGCUCAGGAGACUGUGGGGCCCAUGCUGUCUGAUGAGCUUGCUGAGCUUGCCAGACACCGAAUAGAUGCCCGUGGUGACCACCCACUCACCCAUUACAACUUGUUGGAGCCCAUCUACAGCCACAGAUACAAAAGUAAGGGCACAAGUCACGUCUCUGUGCUUGCUGCAGAUGGCAGUGCCGUGUCCGCCACCAGCACCAUCAACUACCCGUUUGGCUCUUUUGUGUAUUCUAACCGAACUGGGAUCAUUCUAAACAAUGAACUUGCUGAUUUCUGCAUAGCAAACAGAAGCAUUAAACCAGGAGAGAAGCCUCCCUCAGCAAUGGUGCCUUCUAUUCUCAUCUCCAAGACAGGAGACAUGCUGGUGAUUGGAGGAGCAGGUGGAGGCUGGAUUAUCAGUGCUACUAGUAUGAACACUUCGCUGACAGAGAAAGAUUGAGAAGAUCAGAUCUGAGAGACAAGUUCAACACUACGGUUACCUGUACCAGCUGACACAGUAUUCGAGUGUUCAUGCUAGAGGCUUCUUGGAGAGAAGAGAAACUGUGUAAGCCAUGCCCCAGGGUUCCUGACAUCUUGCACUGGGACUUAAAAGUGAACAGUGGUUCCUGACCUGAGAUUCCACAUUGCUCAGAAUUUGCUCAGUGAAGCCUGCAGGAGGAUGUUUUUCGCCAAGCCAAGCCACCCUCCCUAGCUGCCCAAGGGGCCAACAACUCCCUCAAGAUGCACAGGAGAGGGCAUCUUGAGUGCUUGCACUCAAUCAGUUCAGUUCAGAGCACAGACUAUGAAGCUGUGAGGCUCAAAGCUUCCAGUGAGCCCAGGAGAAUGUGUUUCGAUCCGGGUUUGUCAAAGCACUUUGAGGUAGACAGUGUCACCUCUAGCUCCCUCAUCACGGAUCACGAAUGUGCUGCUGUGGACCUGCCAGAUGGAAGUACAGGAGGUAGGCCCAGGCUGUACAUCCCAAUUGGACUGGAAACCAACUUGCAGCUGGCAGAGAUUUUAAGGAAAAGAGAGGCUUAAGCAUGCUCUCCUGUAGGGCUGGACAUAGACAGUAAGGGUUUGACUGUAAGAAGAAGUGGAGGAGCACUGAAAACCCUUUAUGUUCAUAGUCACUGCCUGAGGUGGAUGGUCAGAGGCAUUGUUUGAGGAAGGGCUGGCUGCAGGGUAAGACAUGACCCAGACUCCCACUGCCUGACAGCAGGAGAAAUGUUCAAGGAGACUCUGCAAUUGCCCCAAGUGCAGGUAAGAUUAUCUUGAGGUACUUACAGCAUGAGAAAAAGCUGAGGAUUCAGAAAAUACAUUGCCAUCUGACAGAUUUACCCCAGCAUGUACUCUAAUUCCACCUUUGCUCAGACAUAUGGACUUUAAAAGACCGGAAUUUAUCUCCCGUUAAAGGUCAGGACCGAACAUUCCUAAAAUUGGCCGCAGUAUUUGCACCGUCAUGUAGCUGGAAAAACAUCAUCAGGCACAGUGAGUGCAGUCACUGGAGGGGAGACACGCUCCUCACAGAUGCUACAUUACACAAACACAGAGACUUUCUAAUUAGGUUGCAGUUACCCCAAAUUUCUCUGCAGAGAACAGCAACUGCUCUAGCUACUACGGUGAGACUGCUCUACCUACCAUAGUGAGGGAUUGCUUUCAAUUGACUCCUCUCUUGAUUUGAUGGCUGCUGCAAAGCCUUUCCCAAUAGGGAAUCCUUCUCUUGCCAACUUGAUGCUGGGCAGAAACAGGUUUUCCCAUGCCAGUUUGCCAUGGCGUUUGUGAGCCAGUUCGUACCCACGGAUUUCUCCUGGCACAGCAAUGGACAGUCCUCCUGGAGCAGAUGAGGAGUGCAUGUAUUAGCGUUCCAUGGCAAGAAAACAAAGUGACCAACAGAGUAUGAAGUAGAGCAGGCCUCUCUGUUCGCCCUGUUUUUAGGCAGGGAUUACUUACACUACAUAUACUACCAGCUCAUUUUAUGCAUACGACGUUAAUGGAAUCACUCUGUCUGACAUAAAUAUGCCUACGUAUUCUGGACUGCACCAGAUAGAGGUGGAAACACCUCUAUCCUCUUCCUGUUAACUCACGUUGUUGGGUCAUUUUCCCUCUGUACCAGAGAAAAGCUCCUCAGGACACAGAAGCUAUCAUGGCUGCCCGCAGUUUCCAGUCACUCAGAGGAGAACACACUACAGUACGAGGACACGACGUGCUUCAUCCAAAAACUUUUUUGCAGCAUUGUAACUACAAAUGCAAUAGAUUGAUUACUGCACUGCACAGUGAUGCAGCAGUUUGUUUCAAUCCUGUCUUUAUUGGCAUCUCCCUCAAGUUCAACACACUUCUCAAACCCCCUCCAAGAUGCUGUUCCUCCUUGGUUACAGGAGUGACCGUGAAGAGAGGUUGUUAGCACUUCUUUCUGGUUUUGAUUAGAAAACACUACCUUGAAAGGAAAUGAAUUCUUCUCUGGAGCCCCUCAACCAUUAAUUGAAGCCACCACAAAAGGUGUUUAGGGAGGACAUUAAACUGACAAGAACUAAGCCGAUCCACAAAGAUUUAUUCGAAGAGGUGGAAACAUAGAACAGGUCACACUCGGUGCUUUGGAUUCACAUACAUUUUCAUAAAAAGCAGAAAGUGCUGAGGUGAAUAACUAGUUUGAAGGGCAUUAUUUUUAGCUUGCGUUGUCAGGACAGAGUUUGCAGACUGUGUAAAUUAGAGGACAUUUCUAGGUGAGAAGUCCUGGAGAUAGGCAAGAACCUAACGUAUUCUUAAUUUAGACAUGUCAGUAGUAGCUGAUGUUGGCGUUAUGUGGUCCCCCCAAAGCAGUGAAAUAGCCUUUGCCAUACCUUUCAGAGAAAGCUGUGUGUUGUUCCCAAACAUGUCCUCCGAUGCUCUUUUUGGAGCCACCUCUCUUGCAUUAAUGAUUUCCACUUUUCCUUUAACGACAGCAAGGAAGACAGUAUUUAGGUCUGGACUCAAUACACAGGCACGGUCUCUGCUGAAGUCUGGUCAAUAUGAGCCAGUUUCUUGGCAACUGUUUUGAGGAUAGUGUGUUCCCCUAGAGGCUGCGAGAAUCAACCUUUUACCCUCAGUCAGGUAGGACAAAUCACCUGCUUUAGUAAAGAGUUAUCAAACUGUUACAGAUGUGUAUGGCCCUGUCUCUUACCUGUGCUGCUGUAGAUGGUAAAGAAGAGACCCCCUCCAAUGCCCAUGCUGUGAGCAUUCAUGAGUCCUAUACAGAGCAGAGCUGCAAUUGCAGCAUCCACUGCUGAUCCACCUUGUUGAAGGAUGUCCCUGUGCAGCAGAAGAGAAGGCAUCAUAUGGUGACAUGUUACAGUGUCUCAGCUACCUGUGAGCAGUAGAUUAAUCUCAUCAGAGCGGCUAUGGCAGAUUCUCUAAUGCCCAUUUUUUUAUAGGCUCCUCAGGAAGAGGAAGUUUUGAGCUUCUAUCAACUUAGAGAACAGAUCCUAAUAGUCUAGGUCCAGACCAGAUCAGCCCUCAGAGACACAUCCACAGUAGUUUGGAAACACCAAGAUGUGUCAAAGGGCAUGUGGGGACAGGCGUCCCAGAUACAUUCAUUACAUAUGAGAAAUGACAACGCUCGGAGGAGCCCGAAAUCUCAGCCUUUGCAUCUCGGGCUGCAGGAUAGCUUGAUAAAUGGAUUUUAAAAGGAGCUGGGAAAGCAUCUCUUGUUCCCAUUGUUCAUGCAAGAUCUAGGGGAUCUUUGCCUGCUAUGUUGUCUUUGAGCAACUGCAGUAACUUUGGUCAGGAAUGGUAAAAGCCCAGGUUUUAUUAUGGCCUCCUCUGUCUACAGGGAGUAUAGAGAUGAUCUGUGUUGGUCAACUGCCAGGCUUGCACCUGGACAUUGGGGAAACAACAGUUUUAUCUUGCGUCAGAGCUAAUGGGAGUCAAGGACAACCAGUAGGUACCUUCCAAUUAUCGAGCACUGCCCUGCGUCUGUAGCCACAGCCGCCCUCUUGUAAGUAUGUGUGUCCCCUGAGUCAGAGCGCAGUCCAAA